ACUACCUUGGUUUUCAUCCUCAGGAAACACUGGCAAAUUUGGAGAGACAGAUCUAUGCUUUUGAAGGAAGCUACCUGGAAGACACUCAGAUGUAUGGCAAUAUUAUUCGUGGCUGGGAUCGGUAUCUGACCAACCAAAAAAACUCCAACAGCAAGAACGAUCGGAGGAACCGGAAGUUCAAGGAAGCGGAGCGGCUCUUCAGUAAAUCCUCAGUGACUUCAGCAGCUGCAGUAAGUGCAUUGGCAGGAGUUCAGGACCAGCUCAUUGAAAAGAGGGAGCCAGGAAGUGGGACGGAAAGUGAUACUUCUCCGGACUUCCACAAUCAGGAAAAUGAGCCCAGCCAGGAGGACCCCGAGGAUCUGGAUGGAUCUGUGCAGGGAGUGAAACCUCAGAAGGCUGCUUCUUCUACUUCCUCAGGGAGUCAUCACAGCAGCCACAAAAAACGAAAGAAUAAAAACCGGCACAGCCCGUCUGGCAUGUUUGAUUAUGACUUUGAGAUUGAUCUGAAGUUAAACAAAAAACCACGAGCUGACUAUUAGAAGACUGCUAAUGCCCGAGCUCCCCGGCCGUAGAGCCCUGCUCCCCUCCUCCGACCUCGCAGAGAGAAGCUUCCCUCACCCGAGUGCGUGACCGUCCACCGCUGCUUCCCCAGACCCGGCGCCUGUGACUCUGAGUAGUUUCUUCUGAAAUGUGACAAACAAGUCAUUUCUGUAAGACCACAUCGGAUCAUUUACUUUGUGUCAUUUUUAGUAACAGAACUGCAGAAAGGCCCGAGACAUGGUUAUAAUCCCAGCAAGUUGCUAACCGUGCGCUUCUCCCUUCUUAGAAUGAAUGUCUCCCCCCUAAAACUGGCUGGCACCAGCUUCGUCCGUGAUACGCAUCAAGCAGUGUUCUCUGGGCUUCCUGAAACUAGAACGCAGGUCACAUUUCAGAGGGAGGCUGUAAAUAUCUGGUGUUUUCUUAUUUUGUUCGUGUUUUAUCAUUUUUCUAUUAUUGUUUUUACCAUCUUAUUUUCUUCUGGGACUUUUUGUAAUGCCAUUGUACAGCUCAUAUCUUCCUGCUGACAUAUCUGAUCAUCUGUUUCGUGCAGUUGCCAAUACUCUUAACUGAAAACAAUCUGGUUUACCAUAAGUAAAAUGGGGACUUGGCUUUUUGUUUUUCUGCAGGGGGAAGGUAAAGAAUGUUUAUUUAAUAUUUACCUAUCUUAAAUCUUUCUGAGUUGGAAGCAGUUUCAUGUUCAAGGAACAGGAAAAGCUGAAAAACAUAAAUUUAAAUCAGUCUUUUUAAAAUAGAUAUUUUUAUUCUUUUGUAUAAAUAAAAUUUCACAGGCUUUGUCUUCUCAUGCUUUACUUUUAAACCCGAGAUUGUUUUUUCACUUAUUUAUUCGUAUCAUGCCUUAUGGAAAUUUCUCUUUUUCCGUCUUUUCUCUCUUUGCUGGUAUUUGCCUGAUUAAAAAUUGCUCUAAAAAUCACUAAGGCACAUGGAAAGGCCCCAAAUUGUCCUCGAAGCCGAUAACGUCUGGAGAUCUUGAGCAGAGUGAGUGACAGGAUCUACGAGAGGCUGCGAUGCCCACGGAUGCCCUUUCCUUACAGGGGUGGAUGGGCUACGAACCGGCUGAUGGUUGUUACCUGCCUCUGGAGCAGUGGUGAUCCACCUCGGCUGCACAUUGGAAUCACCUGGGAUGCUUAAGAAAGUACUGAUGCCUGGGUUCUACCCCCUGAGAUUGUGACUCGGGUACAGUCUAGUAUUGUGGGGGCAUUCUUUCAAGGAGUCCCUGGGAUUCUGGUAAGAAGCCAAGUCGAGAACCGUUGCAUUAGGAGACUGGGUGGUUCAAUUUAAAUCCUAUGUUGUGAAUCCGUUUAAGGGAUAAGAUUUGGGGCCUCAACUUUCCUUUGAUUCUGCUUAGUCGUAGUCCUUUACUUAUGCCCGUAUCUUUGUUAGAAAAAAUACAUUCCGUUUGUGAUAAUAUUGGUAGAACUGAAAUAUGGAUGGUGUCUAUUAUCAGAACACAUCUACCUUGUCAGAUGUGCAAAAGCUUUCACUCUUGUUCUCAAAUAAACUUUUUUUUGGACUCUGCCUA